AUGCCCUCUUAUGCAAAAUUUCUGAAAGACAUGCUCUCAAACAAGCGGAAGAUCGAGGAGAAUACAAUUGUCUCACUUACAGCAGAAUGUAGUACUAUAUUGCAGAAUAAGCUUCCUAAGAAGCUAGGAGAUCCGGGUAGCUACUCUAUUCCUAAGCUUCAAAUGGGUGAACCAAAACCCACACGCAUCUCCUUACAGUUAGCAGAUAAAACUGUAAAGUAUCCACUUGGUAUCCUUGAAGAUGUUCCUCUCCGUGUUGGGAAGUUUUUCAUUCCAUGUGACUUUGUAGUAAUGGAGAUGGAGGAAGAUGCGCAGGUCCCUAUCAUUCUUGGAGACCUUUCCUGGCCACUGCUGGAGCCAUCAUUGACAUGA